AUGCGGCAGUGGGAGGGAAACUUCCGCGCCGUUGUUCGCCCCACCUACUCCUGUGAAGACACCCCGUCCUCCCUCCAGAACAAGCUGAGCCCAAUUCCGCAGACCCAUCUGAGCCCAAUUCUGCAGACCCAACUGAGCCCAAUUCUGCAGACCCAGCCGAGCCCAAUUCUGCAGACCCAUCUGAGCCCAAUUCUGCAGACCCAACUGAGCCCAAUUCUGCAGACCCAGCCGAGCCCAAUUCUGCAGACCCAUCUGAGCCCAAUUCUGCAGACCCAGCCGAGCCCAAUUCUGCAGACCCUUCUGAGCCCAAUUCUGCAGACCCAGCUCAGCCCCAUUCUGCAGACCCAACUGAGCCCAAUUCUGCAGACCCAGCCGAGCCCAAUUCUGCAGACCCUUCUGAGCCCAAUUCUGCAGACCCAGCCGAGCCCAAGUCUGCAGACCCUUCUGAGCCCAAUUCUGCAGACCCUUCUGAGCCCAAUUCUGCAGACCCAGCUGAGCCCAAUUCUGCAGACCCAGCUGAGUCCAAUUAUGCAGACCCAGCUGAGCCCAAUUCUGCAGACCCAGCUGAGCCCAAUUCUGCAGACCCAUCGGAGCCCAAUUCUGCAGACCCAGCUGAGCCCAAUUCAGCAGACCCAGCCGAGCCUAAUUCUGCAGACCCUUCUGAGCCCAAUUCUGCAGACCCUUCUGAGCCCAAUUCUGCAGACCCAUCGGAGCCCAAUUCUGCAGACCCAGCUGAGCCCAAUUCUGCAGACCUAGCUGAGCCCAAUUCUGCAGACCCAUCGGAGCCCAAUUCUGCAGACCCAUCUGAGCCCAAUUCUGCAGACCCAGCGGAGCCCAAUUCUGCAGACCCAUCGGAGCCCAAUUCUGCAGACCCAUCGGAGCCCAAUUCUGCAGACCCAUCUGAGCCCAAUUCUGCAGACCCAGCUGAGCCCAAUUCCCACUUUGACUGCAGAUUCCACCGAUCCCACUUACCAUCCUCUUUCCCCUGAACUCGACCAUGAGCACUGA